AUGGAUGAAAUUAAAUUGGAGCAACAUGAUCAAAAACAAUUACAAUCACCUAUAAUUGACAGUAUAGAUAAUAAAGAAAAUAUAGAAGAAGAAGAAGAAGAAGAAAAAGAAGAAAAAGAAGAAAAAGAAACACCAGGGUCAGAAUUACAUCAACAUCAAUUUAAAAUAAAUUUAAAUAGUCCUAAACAAUUCAUAGAACGUAUAAAUACUGAUGAGAAAGAGAUAGAAAGUAAGGAUGAAAAAGAAGAAAAAGAAGAAAAAGCGCAUGAGGAAAUUGAAGAUAAUGAAUUUAAAGAUGCUCAACAACAAGCAGACAAUAAUGUUUUGGAUGUUAAACAACAAUCAGAUGAUAAUUUUUUAAAUUCAGCAGAUUCUUUAACUGAUCCACAUACAGAUUGUCUAGUUCAGAUUCCUUCUAAUCCAAAUUCAAAUCGAGGCUCAGAAUUAUAUCAACCAAAACUAGAUCCAAAAACAUAUCUACCACCAAAUAAUAUAAAUGAAAUUAAUGAAAGAUUGAAAAAUAUAGAUAGAUCGAGUAGUUUUGCUGAUUCACCAAAUUUAACAUCACAAUCUGAACAAUUUGAAAAUAUAAAUGAAGAAAAUAAUGAAGAAGAAAAUGAUAAAACUAUAAAUAUUACUUCUAAUACUUCAAAAUCUUCAGUUAGUCAAAAUUCAACAAAACCAAUACCUAGAGAAUUUUCAUCUACUUCUUCAACUACCUUAACUAGUGUAAAUCAAACACCAGCAGCUAAUCAUUUUGAUCAAAAUAAUAGAAGUUUUUCAUCAAAUUCAGUUUCAACAACUAUUAAAAAACCAAUCUUUAAAACUCCAAGUACUGAAUCAACUCCAAUUUUUAAUUCACAAAAAUUUCCAACUCCAUCAUCAAAUAAUUCAAAUUAUUCACCAAGAGAAACUUUAAAUAUUGGAACAAAUAAUGGAAGUAAUAGAAAUCUGGGGAAUGGUUCAACUAAAAAAACUCAUUUCUUUUCUUCGAUUUCUUCAAUGUUUAAAAAUAAACAAAAUAAUGGAAAUUUGGGUAAUAAUGUAUCUACCGAAUCUAAUAUGAAAAUAAGUACUCCUUUUAAUGCUAAACAUUUAGCACAUGUUGGUGUUGAUGAUAAUGGUUCAUAUACUGGAUUACCUAUUGAAUGGGAAAGAUUAUUAUCAGCAAGUGGUAUCACAAAGAAAGAACAACAACAACAUCCACAAGCAGUAAUGGAUAUAGUUGCAUUUUAUCAAGAUUCAAAUGAAAAUAAUCCUGAUGAACAUGCAUUUAAAAAAUUUACUAUUAAAAAUAAUAACAAAAGUUCAAGUUCUGGAUGGAUUAAUGAAUCGAAUCAAAGUACACCACCACAAACUCCAAAAAAUACUUCACUGACUGAUUCUUCACAAAAGACACCUACUUCAUCAAUUGAAGAAAAAGAGACUCCAAUACAACAAAAUCAAAAUCAAACGCCAAUACAACAGCAACCAAUUCCUAAUACACCUCAAGUACCACCUCCACCUCCUCAACAAAGUAGUCAAUUUAUACCUAGUAGACCAGCACCAAAACCUCCAUCAACUCCAGCAAGUAAUAAUAAAGAAUCAUCAAAUGUAUGUACACCAAGUUCAUUAGAAACAUCACCAAAUAAAAUGAAAUUACGUUCCUUAUCUUCAAAAUCUUUAAAAUCAAUGAGAUCAAGAAAAAGUGUUGAUGGUAAAUUUACUCAAAUACCUCCUCCACCACCUCCACCACCACCACCAAUACAUCAAGCUCCACCAAUACCUCAAAUACCUAAAUCAAAAUCUCAUUCAGCUUCAUUAUCCAAUCAAAUAAAACAACAAGAAAAAAAUGGAUCAACAACAGCCCCAAUUCAACAAACAUCUAAAUUUGAAGAUAAUAGUCCUUUACCAAAACAAAGAAAGAAUGAAUUUAAAUCCCAUAGAGCACCACCUCCACCACCAUCACAAAAUAUCAAAACUUCAUCUCAAGCAUUGGCAGAUAUAACUCAACCAAAUGAACUAUAUGAAAAGAAUAAAUAUAAAGAAACUAAAGAAAUGUUGAAAAAUAAAAAACAACUUGAAUUGGAAGAAAUUAAACAAAAACAAUUACAAUCCAAAGAUAAACCAGUUCGAGAUACAAAACAAGCUGCAUUACUAGCUCAAAAGAAAAGAGAGGAUAAAAAGAGAAAAAAUCAACAGAUUAUCGCCAAAUUACAAAGUAUAUGUAAUCCAGGAGAUCCAAAAGAAUUAUAUACUGAUCUAUAUAAAAUUGGCCAAGGUGCAAGUGGUGGAGUUUUCAUUGCUCAUGAAAUUAAAAAUAAGCAUAAUACAGUUGCAAUUAAACAGAUGAAUCUUGAACAACAACCUAAAAAGGAAUUGAUCAUAAAUGAAAUUUUAGUUAUGAAAGGGUCAAAACAUGAGAAUAUAGUAAAUUUUAUUGAUUCAUAUCUAUUAAAAGGUGAUUUAUGGGUAAUUAUGGAAUAUAUGGAAGGUGGAUCAUUAACUGAUAUAGUUACAUAUUCAGUAAUGACUGAAGGUCAAAUAGCAGCAGUAUGUAAGGAGACACUAAAGGGUUUAAAAUUUUUACAUUCAAAAGGUGUUAUACAUCGUGAUAUAAAAUCAGACAAUAUUUUAUUAGAUACUGAAGGAAAUAUUAAAAUGACAGAUUUUGGUUUCUGUGCCCAAAUUAAUGAAUUAAAUCUUAAAAGGACAACUAUGGUUGGUACUCCAUACUGGAUGGCUCCUGAAGUUGUAUCAAGAAAAGAAUAUGGUCCAAAAGUUGAUAUUUGGAGUUUGGGAAUUAUGAUUAUUGAAAUGAUUGAAGGUGAACCACCAUACCUUAAUGAAACUCCAUUAAGAGCAUUAUAUUUAAUUGCAACUAAUGGUACUCCAUCAUUAAAAGAACCAGAAUCUUUAAGUUAUGAUAUUAGAAAAUUUUUAAGUUGGUGUUUACAAGUCGAUUUUAAUAAACGUGCAAAUGCUGAUGAAUUAUUAAAUGAUAAAUUUAUAUUGGAAGCUGAUGAUACAAGUUCAUUAAGUCCUUUGGUAAAAAUGGCAAGAAUGAAAAAAUUACAAGAAGGUAAUGAAAGAGAAGAAUGA